AUGGUUCCUAAUGCCGUGGAUGACCAGUACACUCACUGUCGGGAGCAGAUGUUGAAGAAGGUUGUGGAAGGGGGUCUGCUGGAAGAAGAACUGACAGGCAGUAUAGAGUAUAGUUCUGCCUGGCAGGCAAAGCAGUGUACAAAACUGAUCCCGGGAGGCGUCAAGCAACACACGGCUGCAUUGGUGGUUUAUGGACAUGGGGGAAAUGUGUUCAGAAAGAUUUUCAACGAAGCAGUGGAGACUCAGAUCUCCUACAAAGCGACCCAGGCCCUGUGUUUCCAGGGCUCUGCGCUCUGCGCUCUGCGUUCGUGGGUCAGAGUGACCCAGCCAGCCACUGGCGAGGCGUAUGCCAUUGAGUGUAGAGAGUCUGAGAGUGUGGCGAGGUUGUGUGUUGCUCCCCGCUCUGCGCUCUGCGCUCUGUGCUCGUGGGUCAGAGCGACCCAGCCAGCCACUGGCGAGGAGUAUGCCAUUGAGUGUAGAGAGUCUGAGAGUGUGGCGAGAGCGACCCAGCCAGCCACUGGCGAGGAGUAUGCCAUUGAGUGUAGAGAGUCUGAGAGUGUGGCGAGGUUGUGUGUGGCUCCCAGCUCUGCGCUCUGCGCUCUGUGCUCUGGACCCGAUCAGUGGACCCGAGCGGCCAUGGCCGCGCGUUUCACGGCCGCGCAGGUUCUAGAACAGAUCUUGUCCAGCGUGGACCAAGAAGAUUACUCAGAUUCCCAGGAAGAGGAGGAGGAAGAGGUUUCAGAAGACGAAGAUGGGGAGGAAUACAAUCCCGAGGGCCACGAGGUCGACGAUGCUUCUUCUCCCUCUUCUGAGGAAGACCCCGAGGAAGCCCCCGAGGAAGAGCACGAGGACCGACACGAGGACCAACGCGAGGACGAGCAGGAGGACCAACGGCCAGUGCGAUCUGCCACGCCGGGCGAGACUCCGGGCCCCACGGCCUACGCUGCGUUGCGCACCCGCGACAUCGCGUCCACCUUCCACCUGUUUGUCACACCGGCGAUAGAAAGGAUAAAUCUGGAAAUUACAAACCUGCACGGGGCCAGAAAAUACGGCGACGGCUGGCGAGCCAUGGACGCCACGGACCUGCGAGCCUACGUAGGGCUGCUGAUCCUAGCAGGCGUCUACAAGUCCCGAGGCGAGGCCGCGGCUAGCCUGUUGGACGCCGAGAGCGGCAGGACCGUGUUCCGAGCCACCAUGCCGCUCAAGGUCUUUCACAGGUACUCGAGGCUGCUGCGAUUCGACGAUCGCCAGUCGAGGCCCGCCAAACUCGCCACGGACAAACUCGCAGCCAUACGAGACGUCUGGGACCUGUGGCAGGAGCGGCUGCCGGCCCUCUACAACCCGGGGCCCGAGGUGACGGUGGACGAGCAACUGGUCCCAUUCAGAGGCCGCUGUCCUUUCCGUCAGUACAUUCCCAGCAAGCCGGCGAAAUACGGCAUCAAGUCGUGGGUGGCCUGCGACGCCAAGUCCAGCUACGCUUGUAAGAUGCAAGUGUACACCGGUAAGGCGGCCAGCGGAGGCCCCGAGAAGAACCAGGGGAUGCGCGUCGUCCUCGAUCUGACAACGGGACUGAGCGGUCGCAAUGUCACCUGUGACAACUUCUUCACCUCCUACGAACUGGGCCAGCGGCUCCUCGAAAGGAACCUCACCAUGGUGGGCAGGGUGAGAAAGAACAAGGCCGAGCUCCCGCCCGCACUGCUCGAGUCCAAGGGCAGACAGGUCCUGUCCUCCAGGUUUGCCUUCACUCCCACCGCCACUCUAGUGUCCUACCUGGCAAAGAAAAACAAGAACGUGCUACUUCUGAGCACGCUGCACACAGAGGCCGACAUUAGCGAUCGCUCCGACAGGAAGCCGGCCCUCGUCCUAGACUACAACUGCAACGAGGGAAGCCUGGACAAGGUGGUCGGCACGUACAGCUGCAGACGGAUGACUGCCCGCUGGCCCCUGGUCGUCUUCCACAACAUCCUCGACCUGUCCUACUACAACGCCUUUGUCAUAUGGCGCGAGAUCAAGCCUGACUGGAUGCAUCGCAAGCGGAAGAAGCGCAGGGUGUUCCUGGAGCAGCUGGGAAAGGCGCUCGUCAAGCCGCGGAUCCAAAGAAGGCAGCAUCUCCCCCGCACCAAAGCGGCGUCAGCGCUCGUCAAAGUCCUACAGGGUGCUACGGCGGCUCGUGAUCAACAGCGCGAGGAGCCCGCCGCUGGCCCGGCCGCUGGCCCGCUCGCUGCCCCGGCCACCGGGGCAAGUAAGAGGAAGAGGUGUCAGCUCUGCCCACCCAAGAAGGACUCCAAGACACACACGGUGUGCUGCAGGUACUACGAGGUCCACAUCCAAGAUGUCGACAGUGAAGAAGAGGUUGACCACGAAGAGGUGGUGUACUGCGACGAAGUAUCUAAUGAAGAGGGUAACAAGGUACAAGUUUGCUGUGACAAGGGUCACGACACGGAUCCAGCGGUGGAGGAGUCAAGAAAGCAACAGCAGAUGCAAAGCAGCCUUAAUUGA